AUGGAUCGGGAGCAGUGCUGCCAUUCGCUCGUCGCCGGCGGCCUCAACCACCAGGACGCCACUGCCAGAGCACCAGCAGGACUGCCGCGUCCCUCCCCUGUUCCCUGCUCGUCCUUCUCCUUUCCCUGCCUCUCCGUCACGUUUUCUCUCACUCACAGGAACGCCAUGGAGUCUUGUCCCUGCCGCCGCCACACUCAAAUCCACAUCGGGAUCUCACCCGAGCCAACCACCCACACCCCAGAUCCCCUCCUCUCGAUCCAGAGCAUCAGCGGCAGUCCCGAGGGCCAAGCCCCCCCAGGAUGGAUCGGGAGCAGUGCUGCCGUUCGCUCGUCGCCGGCGGCCUCAACCACCAGGACGCCACUACCAGAGCACCAGCAGGACCGCCGCGUCCCUCCCCUGUUCCCUGCUCGUCCUUCUCCUUUCCCUGCCUCUCCCUCACAUUUUCUCUCACUCACAGGAACGCCAUGGUCAGCCCUCGCCCUCGAGCUCCAACGGGAUCCGUGCCCCUGGGUCCCCUGCUUCGACCACCUCCUGGAGCCCGACCAUGCGCGCCCUCAAGCCCCUGCCACGGGCACCCACGCUGGCAGCCGUAGUUCCCACGUCUCCGGCAAGUCGGUGACCACGAGAGACAUCCAUGGCUGCCCCUUGGUGCUUCGCAUCGCGCCCGACCAUCAUCCCCAAUGCCGGCGAGCUCCUGUUGCAUCACCGUCGCCCGUACGGGACCACGUCUGCCUCCCCUGCCUCACGCCUUGUCGCCGGGAGUUCUCGCCAAGUCCGACUUCCAUCGGCCACAGUCCAGCCACUCCCAGUCCACAUGGCCCCCGUCCGCACCAUCCCAAGCCGGACCUCGCCGAAAGGAGCAGCAUUGCCUCCUUGACCUUCGGACUGGCUGGAUCCGCCACGCCCGCGUGGACCUUGCCCUUGCCCGGACCCGCCGCCUGCAGGCCUCUUCUCGGCCGGGUUCGCUGCUACCGCUGUUUCCCUAUCGAACGAGCAAGCACGAACCCCAGCGCCAAGUCCACUGCGAUCCCCUGCGUGUUGACCACGCCCCUGGAUCGUCCCUGUGCCUGGGCCAUGAGGGCGCCGAGGCCCAGCAACAUCUUCUCAUCUCCAGAACCGGCCCAGCCGCUUCUCCACUUUCGGCCCAAUGGCCCAAUUGUUUGCUUCUCCGGGUUGGUUCCGGUAACAUCGCGUUUGUGAGGAACCGUUCGUCUAC